GCCAAUAUUCCUAAAUUGCGCAUAAAUUUCUCUCACUUCUUUUGUCAAAAAAUGGGCAACGGCUGCUACUCUCUUUGUCCUUCAAAAUCAUUAACAAUUAAUCUCAUAUUUCACGAUGGAACGACAAGGAUCGUCGCCGGAAAAAGACUGGCCGGAGAGAUAAUGUUCGAGUUUCCAGACUGCAUGGUUUGUCAUGCACAUUCAUUCUUCAUCGGACAACCUAUUCCUGUCUUAGCCAUUGAUGAUAAGUUAAGGAAUGGCGACGCUUACUUUGUUCUUCCACUCGAUUACUUCACAAACAAAGUGCUUUCGGCUUCUUCUCUUGCUUCCUUAGGUUCUAAUAACACUAAUAAAAGAGCUCCAGUUAAUUUCAAGAAUCCUGCUUUUGAAUAUGUUAAGGGUUCCAAUGGUAGGGUUUUGAUAAAAGUUGCACCAGAGUUUAUGAUAAAAUUACUUCAACGUGGAAAUGAGGAUGGAGAUGAGAAUUGUGAUGGUAAUUUUAUUUUAUGUACCACACCGGAGUUGAAGAAGCAAUAUGAGCAAUUGGUUGGGCCAAAAGGGCAAAUAUGGUCUCCUAAGUUAGAGACUAUUUCUGAAUAUAAGACUAGGUAUUCACCUUGCAAGUUGAUAGGCUUGGAAUGGAAACAGAAAGAAUAGUGAAUCCACUAUAUGGGUUCAGGCAGUGGAUUUCAUCAUAUUUAUAUAUUUUAUAUAUGCAGUUCGAGCCAAAUUAAUCGUGAUGGGCUCAAUUGAACUCACAAAACCUGUAUUAAUUUGAUUGCCGUACAGAACUCUUUUCCCUUUUUUUUUAAAUAUUAUUAUUUAGAUGUAAAAUUGACAUUA